AUGACGGAUGAGGUGGUCAAAAGUCUAUGGGGAGGUAGGUUUGUUGAAUGGGAGGUGUUGAAUGCCUUAGGAACUUUUGGUGGUAUUUUAGUCAUGUGGGAUCAACGAUGGCUGUCAAGGAUGGACAUUUGGAGGGGGAGGUUUUCUAUUUCUUGCGUGUUCAAUAUGGAGGAGGACAAUUUCAGAUUGGUUUUUUCUGGGGUAUAUGGACCGGUUGAUGACAGUGAGAGGUCUCCACUAGAGAGGUCUAUAGGGGGAAGAUGGUCCUCGGAGAUAUUUCAAUUUUUGGAGUUUUUUGAUGGUCACUUUCUCAUUGAUUUGCCUUUGGAAGGGGCAACAUUUACUGUUAGUGGAAGGGAGUCUGCUACUUUCUCAAGACUGGACAGGUUCUUGAUUUCUGAGGAGGGAAGAAAAAUUUCUGGAUGUCGUUCAGGCGGCUUUAGUCAAGGUUACUUGAGAUCAUACUCCCUGCGGGUGGAGAAUUUCCAAGGGUCUGUUCGUUCGUGGUGGGAGGAGGCCACGGCCAUUGGUUCCGCCAGUUUUGUGUUAGCCCGGAAACUAUGGGCCCUUAAAACCGAAUUGAAAAGAUGGAAUAAGGAGGUGUUUGGGAAUCUUGAAUGGAGGAAAAACAAAGUCCUUGCUGAAAUUUCUGAAAUUGACCGCCUUGAUGAGGUGGGUGGGGAGGGAGACUCUCCACGUUCUAGGAGAGCAGUUUGCGAGGCGGAUUUUGCCGAGAUUGCUUCAAUGGAAGAGAUUUCAUGGUGUCAGAAGUCUAGGGCCUUGUGGCUCAAAGAGGGGGAUCGCAAUACGAAAUUUUUCCGUAGGCUUGCAAAUGCCCAUAGAAGGAGUAAUCAUAUUGAGCGAAUUCGGGUUGAUGAUCAGGAGCUGUGUAGGGAGGUCCAUAUGGGGAUUGUUUCUUUCUAUAAGAGGCUCUACACUGAGUCUUUGGACUGGAGGCCUAAGCUUAUUGGUCUCAAUUUUGAUGUUAUUUUUGAGAUUUAG